AUGGUUCUUCUUAUCCAAACAAGGAGAAUUAAAGAUGCACUAGAAAAGUAUUCGUCACUGGAUGAUAAAAAAAACAUAUCUGAAUAUCUAAAAAAUAAUUUUAUUCCUCAUUUUAUCAUUGCAGAUGAAAUUCAACAAGAACACAUAUUAAAAAUACGUUCUAUUGCAAAAGAGAUAGAAUAUCAGAAACUUAUAGGCACAAAACUGCCUAAUUAUAAAAAUGGAAAAUUUAAUAAAGAUGAAUAUCAAUUGAUUAAAAAUCAAAUAUUUGCUAUAAUUAACAUCCUUAUAUCAGUCUUUAGUGUUAUUAUCGCUAUUUGGAUAUGGUGUAAAAACUGGAUAAUGCCAAUGAGGGUUAUAGCAUCCAUAAGCUCUGGAAUACUAAUAACAACAGCAGAAAUCUUUAUAUAUAACCAAUAUUUAUCAAAACUAGAGAAAAAACGUAAAAUUGAAAAAAAGAAACAGGAAAAAAGAAAAAUAAUAAACUCAACAAAAUUCGAGACAAUGUAA